AUGUCUCAAAAACUACAGGAAGCCGAAAAUCUCGAGAAGGAAGCAAAAAAGUUAUCUGAGAGAAGUGUAUUCAGAUGGAGCCCCGAUUGGGAUGGAGCUGCUUCAAAAUAUGAAAAGGCUGCUAUUGCCUACAAGAAUUUAGGAAAGGAAAACAAAGCUGUUGAUUGUUAUGUCAGUGCUGGUUAUUGUCAUGAAAAGAACAAAAUUCUCUAUUCUGCCGGAAGAUGCUACGAAUCGGCAGCCAACAUUUAUCAAACGUCCAUCAAAGACUUUAUCAGUGCAUUAAAAAAUUAUAAAGAUGCUGCACGAGUCUACUCCGAUGAUGGAAAGAACGAUCGUGCUGCUGAGGUACUUGUGAAAGCUGCCAAAGCAAUGGAAAAAGAACCAGGUGGAUUGGAACAAUGUUUUGAAUUAUUUAAGGAAGGAAUUGAAAUGUCUUGUCUCAAUGGAAAGUAUCACAACACGACCGACUUGUUGCGUCAAUAUAAUACCAUGUUGAUCAAGUAUAAGAGAUUUGAUGAUGCAAUCAAGAAUUGUGAAACACAGCUCAUUGCUUAUCAAAAUUUGAAUCAAGCCGAUAAUUUGAGAAAGACCAUGCUGUCCAUCAUUGUUUUGUAUCUCAGAAAUGAUGACCCAGUCGCUGCCGAGAAUGCUCUAACAAGAUUUACCAAUGAAAGUGGAGCUGCUAAUUUUUCAAAUAGCGACGAAGGUGAUUUGGCAGUAUCUUUUGUGAGUGCCUUCCAAAAUAGAGAUGAAAAAUUAUUAGAGUCCACUCGACAAAAUUCUUUAUUGAAAUACCUCGAAGGACCCUUUGCCAAAAUAGCCAUGACAUUGUCAUUGAACCCUCUCUUUGACACAACACCACAAGUGAAAAAAGAGAAACCUAAAAAGAUCUCAACACCCAAUGCACCAGGUGAAGGAACUGCAAUGGCGAACAGCAAGAAGAACAUUGCUAGUAAAAAAGCCUCACUCUUCGCUGUGGAUGAUGACGAGGAAGAAGACGAUGGUGACAACAAGAAACGAUCAAACAGACCUACAAAUACAUUCCUAAGCACUGGAUCAAAGGCUUCUGCAAACAAACCAAAAACAGCAUUUCAACCAUUACCUUCAAAGGAAGAAAUGGAAGAACUCAAACGAAGACAACAGGAAGCCUAUGAAGAAAGACAACGUCAACGACGAAAUGGAGAACUUAACGAAGAAGAUGAUGAAGAUUUGGGAGAUGACGACGAUGACGAUGAUUUGGAGUUGACUGGAGCUUCAAAAUCAAAAACUCCAACAGCAAGCAGUAGUAGCAGCACAAACGUGAAAGCAUCAUCCUCUACUUCAACACCUACUACAACAAAAACACCAACUGUACCCAUGCAACCCACUCAACCUUCACACCCAUCAUCUCAAACAAAUAAUGAAGAUGAAGACGAUAUUCAAUAUGUGUCAACAAAACACAGUGAAGCAAUUGAUGAAUAUUUCAAUGACGAUAAUGAUUACCAAAAACCUCCUUCAACUAUUAAGCCACGUCACGAGGAUGAUGAGGACGAAGAUGAGGACGGAGGCGAUGUCUUUGACCCUAAUGAUUUAACUUAA